GUGGUAUAUUUUAUCAAUGGCUCGACGGUCACACUGUAUAGAAUAGCGACGCUUACAUUUUGUUUCGCGGCAAAAAAAUAUUUGUUGAUCAUUUUCUGUGCAAUGGAGGAGACGCAUGACUUUCAGUUCAUAUUGCCACUGAAUUCCGAGGAUCUGGUCAACUCCAGCGGCGACCACUACUACGUCAAGGAGUUGUACAGCAGCAAAGAAAUACCCGAAAAACUGCUGGAGUGCAAGCGCAAAGUGAGCCACGACAAGGAUGCCUUCUACAUUUUGGAUACCUUCGACACGUACUACUCCGUCAUCGAGUCGAACGCCACGGAUGCGGCCUCCCUUCGGAACCUGAUGCGUUCCUUCGACCUGCUGUACAUGACUGUCGAGAUGCUGGGCCAGAGCCUCACAGAGACUUUCGCAGACAAAGGGCCGCCCACGAACCGCAUCCGCCAUUUGAAUCUCACCAAGAUGACACUCUACCUGCAGGUGAACGUCGUCAGGAAGAUCGACAGUGUGGCCCAGCGUGCGAGGCGCGACCAGCAGAUGAAUUUGCAGAAGAAACGCGGCAAGCAGCCUGAGGCCCUCGAUCAGUACCCCGACUGGGAUGAAAAGCGCGGCAAAUUUCUCGUUCAGCUCUUCAAUAUCCUCCAGUUGCCGCUGGAGCGGCUCUGGGCCCCACCCAUAGUUGAAGAGGACUUUAUAACGAUGCUCUGUGACAUUUGCUAUCGCACUUUGGAGCUCACGCCGAUGCGCCACGACAACCGACAUGUGUUCGAUACCCUGUUUCAGAUUUUGGGCACAUGCAUUAAGCGCUUCAACCACGCCAUGACCUUCCCGGUCCGCAUACUGCAGAUCCUGCGCGGCACUGAGCACGCCGCCGCAGCGGUGGCCAACGGCAUACUGACGUUACACGAGGAGUACGGCAUUUCGAAGGUCUUCGAAAUUCUGCUCAAGAGCAUUGUGGAGGCCCUUCAGCUGGAUAGCGCGGACACGACGGUGUCUAAGCAUUUCUCCACCUUCCUCUCUGAGUUCUCGAGCAUCUCCCCAGAGCUCAUCAUUCCGCAUCUGUCAAAGGUCAGCGAUGAACUGCUCGACUGCCAGUCGCACAUGCUACGCAACACCGUUCUGCAGAUCUUAGCCGAUGCCGUGAUUAGUGACCUGACCGCCGAGGAUCUCAGCGAUGAAAUGAAGGAGGUGCGCAACGAGUUCCUAGACCAUCUGUACGACCACAUCAUGGACGGUUCCGCCCACGUGCGCACCAAGGCCCUGCACAUUUUGGUGCACCUGAAGACCCAACAUGCCAUACCGCUCACCUAUCUCACAAAGGUACUGGCCGCGGCUGUGGGUCGGCUAGAGGACAAGAGCUCGCUGGUGCGCAAGGCGGCCAUGCAGUUGAUCAAAUCGACGCUCGAGAGCAAUCCAUUCUCGAGCAAGCUAUCGCUGGAGGAGCUCCUCCACAAGCACCAGAAUGAAGUAGAAAUCAUGGAGAAGCUCAACGAAGUGCUGGAGGCGGAGCGCAAAGAGGAGGAACGGCUCAAUGAGCAAUGGAGCGAAAGGGCGAUCGAGAUCUUGCCUGAAAUUAAAGAGCAUUUAACCGAAUUUCCCAAUUUGGACUUCGACAAGGAGGAGAGCGACACAGAACUGCUGGAGAAGAUAUUGCCGCUCAUGCGUGACAAGGAGUACAAGAAGGCCGUGGUUCUGGUACGCAAAAUAGACUUCCUGGCAGGAAAUCAAGAAAUUGUUUCCAUGCUGGAGUUCGAGGAGAAGGUCUUCUAUGUUAUGGAACUGCUUAAGACUUACCAUCUGCUGGCCGCAGGCCUCAAGCAAAGCAGCGAGGAGAUGCUGCGACAGAUCAAGACGGUGCAGUUCCUCAAGGACAGCAUCGAUUACACCACCAUUGUGACGGGUGCCUAUCCCAAGCUGCAGGACCUGCUCAUGUCCAAGACAAACACAGAUGUCCUGGAGGCAGUGGACCUUUUCACCACCGGCUACAUGUUCGGCAUCGCCGGCACAGAUGCCGGUAUGCGGAAGAUGCUGAUGCUGGUGUGGUCGUCGGACAAGGAGAAGCGCGAUGCCGUCUCCGAGGCCUAUCGCCGGGUACUAUUUACUACAGAGCUGCAGGCACGUGCUCAUGCCAUAAGGGUCGUGCAAAAUCUCUCGAAAUUUCUCGAGGAAAUCGAUUAUGGACACUACUUGUCGCUAGAGACGCUGGUGGCCGACUGGGUGAACGUCGGGCAGAUAGAUGCCCUUGUCAUUCAGGUACUGUUCGAGCGCUUCACCCUGAAGCUGGAGGGCACCACAAACAACGAGGCACGACUCGCCCUCGAGCUGCUGAUCAUGGCAUCGAAGGCUAAGAACAGCAUUGUCACCGCCAACACGGCGAUCAUCGAAGACAUUGCCGUAGGGCAGCGCGCACGUAGCGAACCGCGCCUCUUCGCUGGCUGCCUGCGUCUACUGGUCAAUAGCAUCGAUGCCAACAACAACGCCAAGUACUAUAAGCGCCACAACACCGACGCCAAGUUCGUGGUGGAGGUGAUACGCUUCUUUUUGGACUGCUUCUUCCACGAGAAGCUCAAGGACUUUGAUGGCAUGGCCACAAGCGUGUUGGAGUACAUCUACCGCAUGUGGCAGUCCCUGUUUAGCAGAUGGCAAAAGCGAUAUCGUCGCCGCAUAAAGCCGGAGCUGAAAACAGAAAGUGAUAUUACAGUAAAACCGCCUUUGUCCGAAAGCUUGAAUAUUGAGAAUAGUCUGCUGUCCGCUGAGAGCUUGGCGCGAUUGGAACAAGCCGCAGAUGCAGAAUUUGAAAAAUAUAUCGUUGAAGACGAAAUGUCCGAUGGCGGGGAGCAAACCACACAUUCCGAAAGUCAUGACAAUGAUAGAUUUAUCAUUGAAGACCAGUUGUCCGAUAGCAUGGAAGAAGCCAGCCAUUCUCAGUCCGAAUCAUCAUUAAUUUUGUUUUUGCAACAAAGAAACAAUGAGCUGCAAGCAGAGGCUGAAUGCCUACGCGUAGAGAAUACCCAAUUAAGAAUGGAGAACAUAUCCUUGAAAAAAAGCUUUGAGAUCCAUAAAUGUUUCUUCGAAUGAAAGAACUAGUGUUAAGAACAUGACCACCUCAUAAAAUGAA